AAUGCUUUCUCAAACAUUAACGAACUUCAUCCCCAUGGGCGGUACAAGCUCCUCGACGUCCUCCGUGUCUACUUUAACCCCCAAACUGACAUGGCAAUCGCGCUGUAAACAAGUUCUCAGUAAAUAUUGCUCGUUCAUAGGACCUGGGCUUAUGGUUGCAGUCGCAUAUAUGGAUCCAGGUAAUUACGCUACAGGUACCACUGCUGGUGCCUCCAACAGAUACUCGUUACUUUUCAUAGUGUUGGCGUCCAGUAUCAUGGCCAUUUUCCUCCAGAGUUUGUGCAUUAAAUUAGGCUCUGUUACAGGAUUUGACCUCGCCCGGUGCUCACGAGAAUACUUUCCCAAAUGGCUUAACAUCAUCUUGUGGGUCCUCGCUGAACUUGCUAUCAUCGCCACCGACGUUGCCGAAGUCAUAGGACUGGCUAUUGCUUUGAAUAUCUUGCUCAAGAUCCCGCUUCCUGCCGGUGUGGCUAUUACUAUAGUCGAUGUGGUGUUCGUAUUGGUGGCAUACAGAGCUGACCAUUCAUCCACGAAAUUCAUCCGCUACUUCGAGAUGUUUGUAGCGGCAUUAGUAUUGGCAGUUACCGUGUGUUUUGCGGUGGAGUUGGCCCAGUUGCCGGUCGACGGGGCUGAGGUCAAGGCAAUUCUCAGAGGCUUUGCACCUUCUGCACAAAUGCUUGAAGGUUCUGGUGUUUCUAUUGCUGCCUCCAUCAUUGGUGCUACUGUCAUGGUCCACUCGCUCUUCUUGGGAAGUGGACUCGUCCAACCCAGGUUGCGGGAAUAUGACGUUAAAAAUGGGUAUGUGAACUUGAACACAUUAGACGAGAAGUCUGAGACUGAGGAAGACUUCUUCUACCGUCGGUACCGUCCAUCGUUCCAGAGUAUUAGGUACUCGUUGAAGUAUUCGAUCAUUGAACUCACUCUCACGUUGGUGACGUUUGCGGUGUUUGUGAACCUGGCGAUUUUGGUGGUGGCUGGUAACACUUUGUACGGAACGGAAGAAGCAGUUGAUGCGGACUUAUACACCAUCCACCGGUUAUUGCUGGACAAUUUGGCCCCCACUGCCGGGACUGUGUUUAUGUUGGCGUUGCUUUUCAGUGGCCAGAGUGCUGGGAUUGUGUGUACUAUUGCCGGCCAGAUGGUUAGUGAAGGUCAUAUUAACUGGACCUUAAAGCCAUGGGUUCGUCGGUUGGUGACGAGAGGCAUCUCCAUUGUGCCAUGUUUCGCUAUUUCCGUCGCUAUUGGCCGUCUGGGCUUGGGAACAGCUUUGAAUGUGUCACAAUUGGUUAUUUCUCUAUUGUUACCGUUCUUAACUGUGCCAUUAAUCUACUUCACCUGCAAGAAGAGCAUCAUGAGAAUCGAAGUUCCAGAACAUACAAAGGGGGCCAUCAAAGACGAAACCGAUGGAAAAUGUUACGUUUACUUCCACAACAAUUGGAUCACAACCUUGGUGUUGUUGACUAUCUGGGUGUUCAUUUCGGUUAUUAACAUAUAUGCCAUUUACGACUUGGCCAGAAACGGAAUUAUGUGAGGAUUGGCGCUAUUCUUGAACCGGGCCCGCCUGUGCUCUCCCCAUUUCUCGCUAGCGCUGCACAAGUUAGUGGCACUUGGGCCACAAAGCAGUAGCACUCUAACUAGUUAUAGACCAUUGCCCUACUGGUUGCAAGGCCGUAAUAUAUAUUUUGUUGGUACUACUAUAUACAUCCCCACCAUAUUCACCUCCACCAUGUCGCAUGACUCGUAUCGUCGUCCGAUCUCGCUUCCUCCUUUCGUUUCAUGGUUCCCU